CUCCUGCUGAAAAAUCAAUUGAAUCGACGACUUGAAUUAUGCAAGUUCCUGCAAAUUCACUGGAGUCAACGGCGGUCAACUCUUCUCCGUUCCUCUUGUGCCUUGUGGACUAGCCCCUUCUGUUCCGUUCCAAAACCCGCCACGUCCAGAUUCCCGAACGCCACAGCAUGGCCGCGCCGCCGCCGCCGCCGCCGGCGAACCCGUUCGUCUACAUCGAUGCGGCGGCGCUCCACUCCGUCCUCCCCUUCCCGUCCCUGAUCUCCCACCUCCGGGCGGGGCUCCCCGCCUUCUCCGCCGGCAUCCAGUGCCCGCACCGCGUCUCGUUCCCGCUCCCCACCGCGCCCUCCGCCUCACUCCUCCUCAUGCCAUCCUGGAGCGCGCACCCCUCGCUCCCCUACCUCGCGCUCAAGGCCGUCACCUCCUUCCCCUCCAACUCCCCGCGCCUCCCCUCCGUCCACGCCGCCGUCUCCCUCUUCGACUCCGCCUCCGGCGUCCCCCUCGCCUCCCUCGACGGCUCCGCGCUCACCCUCCUCCGCACCGCCGCCGUGUCCGCGCUCGCCGCGUCCCUCCUGGCGUCUCCCUCCCGCCCGCCCGCCACCCUCGCGCUCGCGGGCGCUGGCGCCCUCGCGCCCUACCUCGCCGAAGCCCACCUCUCCGCUCUCCCAUCCAUCUCCCGAAUCCUCAUCUGGAACCGCACCAGGGCCAAAUCCGCCGCGCUCGCCGCCAAGCUCCGUGGCGCGCACCCGGGCGUCGCCGUCGAGGAGGCGGACAGCAUAGACGAGGCGGUGUCCGUGGCGGACGUCGUGAGCUGCGCGACGGGGUCGCAGGAGCCGAUCGUGCGCGGGGAGCUCCUGAAGCCGGGGGCGCACCUGGACCUGGUGGGGUCGUUCACGCCGGCGAUGAGGGAGUGCGACGACGAGGCGCUGCGGCGCGGGAGGGUGUUCAUCGACUUCGAGGCGGCGAUGCAGGAGGCCGGAGAGCUAGUGGGCGCGCUCCAGCGCGGCGUGCUUCGGAGGGAGGACGUGGUCGGAACACUCUCGGAGCUGGCCGCCGGGAGCGUGGAAGGGCGGCGCAGCGACGACGAGAUCACAGUGUUCAAGUCCGUCGGGACGGCGGUGGUCGAUCUCUUGGCGGCGCAGCUCGCCUACGAGACUUACAUUUCUUCAACCGCAUCAACUCCAUAACUUACAUUUCCUGGUUUCAUAGACUGCAAGAAGAGUCGUUAAUAGAAACACAAAUAAAUUAAUCAGAAUGCUUGUGAUCAUUCUCCGUGGCAUGUUUACUCACCCAUUUGGAUUCGAAUAAGAUGUAUUAAGAUCUUACAAUUAUGUGUUUUUUACCUCAUAUAUGAUGUUUACGAUCAAGGAGAACUGCAAUUGAGUGCUCACCUAUGCAUGGUUAUUCUGGUGGAUCUUUGGAAACAUUCAUAACUUGUGAA